UAUAAUAGCUGUGGGCGUGGCCAGUGUUCUAGGUUUGACCAAUGGGGUGUCAGCAAAGGGAGAUGGGCGUUCUCUUCGGUUAGGAGCAGAAGUUGAACAGCGGGAGCCGAGACAUAGCUCUAGAAAGGCAGAUUCAGAGAGGGCAGAGGCAACGGCCCUCUUUUGAGGGGGGGCUUAUCAUUACAUAUAUAAAUACACAUGUGUGUGAACUGUUUGGCCGCAUGAUAGGUCAUAUGUGGGAAACAAUUAUUUUAGAAAAACAUACCACCGCGGCUUUACAUUUAAAAUGCCUAUUUUACUUUUCCUGUUAGACACGUCCGCCUCUAUGAAUCAGCGCACUUAUUUGGGUACGACGUAUCUGGAUGUUGCUAAAGGCGCGGUUGAGGUCUUUAUGAAGCUGCGUGCCCGAGACCCGGCUAGUAGAGGCGACAGGUACAUGCUAGUUACAUUCGAUGAGCCACCAUACGGAGUGAAGGCAGGCUGGAAGGAGAAUCACGCCACGUUCAUGUGCGAGCUUAAGAACCUGCAGGCAUCUGGGCUGACGACAUUAGGCCAUGCUCUCCGCACGGCCUUCGACCUGCUUAACCUGAACCGUCUUGUCUCGGGAAUCGACAACUAUGGACAGGGCCGUAACCCGUUCUUCCUCGAGCCGUCUGUGAUCAUCACCAUCACCGACGGCAACAAGCUUACACACAGCUCCGGGGUGCCGGACGAGCUGCAUCUGCCUCUGAACUCCCCCCUGGCUGGCAGCGAGUUGACCAAAGAGCCUUUUCGCUGGGACCAGCGUCUGUUUGCACUAGUUCUGAGGCUGCCCGGAGCCGCCGCGCCAGAUAACGAGCAGCUCGGCAGCGUUCCCACAGACGAGUCUGCCAUCACUCAGAUGUGCGAAGUCACUGGAGGACGGUCGUACUGUGUUCGAACGCAGAGGAUGUUAAAUCAGUGUCUGGAGUCUCUGGUUCAGAAGGUUCAGAGUGGGGUCGUCCUGCAUUUUGAAAAGACCGGGCCGGAUCCGCUUGUUGUAGAAGCAGAAAACUCUGCAGAGUCCGGUCGACCGGCGCCGUCCUUUAGCCCGCACGCGUGGCACAGCUGCCACAAGCUGAUCUACGUGAGACCAAACCCAAAGACAGGAGUUCCGGUGGGUCACUGGCCCAUCCCGGAGUCCUUCUGGCCGGACCAGAACUCUCCAACUCUGCCGCCUCGCUCCGCCCACCCGCUGGUGCGCUUCUCCUGCGUGGACUGCGAGCCCAUGGUGAUCGACAAGCUUCCCUUUGACAAGUACGAGCUGGAGCCCUCCCCGCUCACUCAGUACAUUCUGGAACGGAAGUCUCCUCACAUGUGCUGGCAGGUGUUUGUCAGUAACAGCGGGAAGCAGACCGACUUGGGACAGCCGUUCGGAUACCUGAAAGCCAGCACCACCCUCACCUGCGUUAACCUGUUCGUCAUGCCUUACAACUACCCGGUCCUCCUUCCACUCCUCGACGACCUCUUUAAAGUCCACAAACUGAAACCAAACCUCAAGUGGCGCCAGGCCUUUGAGCUGUACCUGAAGACGAUGCCUCCAUACUACCUCCUGCCCUUGAAGAAGGCGCUAAGGAUGAUGGGAGCACCCAACCUUAUAGCAGACACUCUGGACUGUGGGCUGAGUUACAGUGUUAUCUCCUACCUGAAGAAGCUGAACCAGCAGGCAAAGUUGGAGUCGGACCGCCUGAUUGUGUCGGUGGGUAAGAAGGCUCCUCAGGAAACUGGCAUCAAGGUGAAGAACCACUCCAGCUCGCUGUCGCUGGCUCACCGGCGGGACUUCAAGCAGCUCCUGCAGGGAAUCACGGGGGAGGGGCCUCUUCGCCUGGCAGACGUCAACUUUAAGGAGUUCGCCGGUUUCCAGAUCGCUCUCCUCAAUAAGGAUGUGAAACCUCAAGCGUACCGGAAUGCCUACGACAUUCCCAGACGGAAUCUUCUGGAUCAGUUGACCCGGAUGCGCUCCAAUCUGCUGCGGACGUCUCUAAAGCUGAUCCGAGGGCAGGAUGAAGAUUACCUGCACAGCAUUCCGGUGGCUCAGAUGGGAAACUAUCAGGAAUACCUCAAAAUGAUGCCGUCUCCUUUGCGAGAGAUCGACCCCGAUCAGCCUAAGAGGCUGCACACGUUUGGGAAUCCAUUCAAGCAGGAUAAAAAGGGGAUGAUGAUCGACGAGGCGGAUGAGUUUGUCGCAGGUCCUCAGAACAAGAAAAGGGGGAUGUCCGGCGACUCCAACUCCAAUGCAACCAUGAAGCGGAGGCGGAGCAUGUCGCCGUUGCUGCGGCGACCGCAGACUCCACUGGGGAACAACCACGCGGCGACAGGAAAGAGUUUGUCGGACGUCCAGACCCCACAGAGUCUCCUCAAACCCGCUCCACAACUCAAAGGUGGCGGCAGCUGCACGAUGGUGACCGAGAGCAACGGAGACGGCGUUUCCGAGCUGGACUCUACAGAGAGCUGGCAGAACGAGAUGGACGCCGACCCAGAGCAUCCGUCUCCGCUCGGCUUAGAGGAGAAGCCGGUGGCAGCUAAUCAGGAGGAAGACGUCGGCGUGGCGGAGGAAAGACCUCCUCCGGAUCCUCUGGAAGAUCCGCCUCCAGAGAUCAAACUCACCUUCGAGCGGUUGAGUCCACAGAGCGAGCCGGACGACACCGACGUCGAUGCUGAUGCUGACGUCGCCCUGGAAACCAUUUUCAUAGCUCCGCUGGACGGCAGCCAAGCAGAGCUGCGCAGCCAAGUCAUCAAGGAGGUCCGCAAACCGGGACGAAACUAUAAGGCGAUCCUCGGUCUGCUGCAGCAGGUGAGAGGCCCGGAGACCGUAAAGAGGUUCUUCAUCCAUCACGCCAUCAAGGAAGCUGCCAGGUUUAAGAAGCGGGUUCUGAUCCAGCAGCUGGAGGCGGCCCUUCAAGAGUUGGAGGAGAACCAGUCGCCGUUUUUGCAGCUUCACAACGAUCAUGGCAGUUAAUCCCCGCCGCCGCCGCCGGACUUCAGCGUCCUGAAGGAAGCACACGGACCGCCUGUUACUGCUCCGCUCCGGGCCGGAGCAAGGCCCCGCGGGGCAGAAGAACCACUCCUCUUCAUAUUGACAGAGGCGUCUCUGUAACCACGCACACAAACACGCCAACACACACCAACCUUAAGUGAGCAAAGGAGGCAGCAGCUGCUUUAAAGCUCAUCUUUCUUCAGCUGGUCUGAGAAGUUUUUCAUAGAAAUGAUUCAUUUAAAAAAUCCACACGACAUUUUCUGCUUUUUAUUUGUCAAAUCUCAAACUGCUUUUAGACAUUAAAGCCAGCAUUUAGUGGCAUUUUCUGCUGCAACAGAUAAUUGCAUUCCAGAAAAUGUAUCUCAAAGACCCACUCUGAUGAAAAGUUGGUGCUUUUAGCAUGUUCUUUUCUAAUGAUGGGGGACAUAUUUUAAUAAAAUUAAGCUUAAAAUAGCCUUUCUGAGUAUUUUUUUAAUUCAAAAUGUGGUGAAUCGGGAGCAGACAACACAAUGCAACUGAAUAUCAUAUUUUUGAAUACUCUCUGGGCGCCAAAAACUCAAAGGGGAAUUUCUAAUGAGCCGCUCUGCAGAAACUAUGUCCCAGUAAGCAACACGAUUCUUUUAAUUUUGUCUAAAAAUAAAAUUCCGUUUUAAAGAUGAUCAGAGUGGGCCUUUAAAAAAAACUACCAAACUUUUCCUUACUAUUAAACUAUCUAACACUUCUAGCAUCCCAUUUAUUCAGAACUAUAUCGCCAUAGUAACUGUUUUAGAUUUCAAAGUAAAGAUGGCCAAAAUAAAAGAAGUUGCACAUAUCGUCCCACCUGCUGGUGUCUGUUUAUGAGAGGAGCUUCUUGUUAAAGUCAGUGUUCAUUUGACAAUAUUUAGUCAGUUUUCAGUGUUUUGAAGCUCACUGCUGCCUGUCCUGUGGUCGAUUCCUCCUCCAGCAAUAUAUCCGGUGAGAUCCCCGUAAACAGACGGCGAGCUGCUUGGUUUAUGGCGUUCCCGCCCGUCCGUCCGUCUGGACUCUUUGCACAGCUGCCCCGUCUGUCCUCUGCAGUGUUUGACCCAAAGCCAGCUCCUCCUUUGUUCCUGUUGUACUCCACACAUACACUACUUUCUAAUGUUCAUAGGAAAUAUAGACCUAUUUUUGUGAAUUUACGUCAGAGUAUAAGAAAUAUUUUGAAGAAAACACAAUGUUCAUUUUUUUGUAAAGCUGUUAAAUAUGAAAAAAGCAAAGUUUUAUGAACUUACCAUUUUAUAAUAAAACCAAACAGUGAAGCUGCAUCUGUUGUCUUUUACUGAUGUUUUUGGUUUGCUUGAAUUUCUAAAUUAAAAUAAAAAAUAGGAACUUAAAU